AUGUAUAAAAUUACACCACCUUCUUAGCAAACAUACAAAGGACCUAAAUUAUAGUAAAAUCCAAUCAGUCAAUUAUAAAAUAAUGAAACUCUAACUGAAGAUGUCUUGUAAAGUUCAUCUGAAUAAUAUCGAGAAUAAUUAGAAUAAAUGCUUGAUCUGAAACCAAGUAUAAGGGAUUAUAAAUAAAAUUACAACAAUAAUAAACCUGAUUUGUGGAAUACAAUAUAAUAAAUCGAAAAAAGAAUGCAAGAAUAAGAAUAGAACUUAUAAAAAGUUAACAACGAAUAACAAGAAGAAAUAAAUAAAUUAAAAAGUGAAAUAAAAUAACAGAAGCAAUAAUAUGAAUAAGAAAUUGAAGAAAUUAAAUAUUCAUCAAGAAUACAAAGCUAAAAGCCUCAAUCUUCAUAUAAUUCAUACACACCUAAAAAUAAUCGAGAAUACAGUUAUAGAAGUGUAAGCAAUAAUAAUAUUGAAGAAUUGCAAGAAAAAGUUUAUUUAUAAUAAUUAGUUCAGGAUUUAAGAUAAUAGAUAUAAACAUUACAACAAAAAAAUUAUUUCACUCCUAUUCAAAACACAGAUAAUAUUUGGGAAUAAAAAUAUAGAUAAUUAGAAAAAUAAAAAGAAACUGAAUUGGCUAUGAAAGAUUAACAUCAUAUAGAACGUAUAAGUAAUUUAGAAACUUAAUUAAUAAAUUAAAAAUAAUCAUAUGAAAAUGAAUUAUUUGCAAUUAGAAAGAUCUUAGAUGAAAAAAGUAAAGAAGAUUCUCAAUUAAGAAAUCAAAAUUAAUAAUUACAAAAAGACUUAAAUUCUUAUAUCAAUUAAGUAAAGUUAUUUAUUAAUAAAUUAGUUUAAUUUAUUAUCAUAAUAGAUUUAAUAAUAGAAUUAGUAAAUUUAAUAAUAUAAGAUAUAGAUAUAAUAAUUAUCCAAUUAAAUACAAUAAUAACCAAUCAAUUAUUAAAAUUAGAAUCAAUAAUUAUUGGAACUUGCCAAUCAACUUCAAGCUUUAACACACCUUUUGGAGAAGAAGAAUUAAGAAUGCGAAUAUUAUAAAUAGAAAUCAUUAUAAAAUUUAUAGCCAUUAUAGCAAAAUCAAUAAAUAAUUACUUAUCGUCAAGCUCUAACUCCAACAAGACAAAAUACUGCAUAAAAGACUUCUGAUUCAAUUGUCUUUCCUACUUUAACUAAAUAAUAAGUUUUAUAGCAAUUUUAAUGA